AUGGAUCCCUACCUUUCCGUCAUUCAGGCAGCAGAUCGCGCGGACCAAGCAGCUUCCAUCGUUCACCGAGAAAGUGAGAGCGCCGUCAGUCAAGAACCAAGUUCUGGUCAGUGGCAUAAGUCCAUUUUUUUUGCCUUUGGGUCUGUUCUCGUGUUUUGCGUUACAGCAAGGCUCACAAAUACCGACACCUACGAAUGGUCGAACAAGCUCUCUUCCUCUGCCCCUGCGUGGAAAUUUAGGCCUCCAACAAAUGAUGAGAUGAGAAGAGCAAGGUACUACACUCUAGGAAAGGUCUUACAAGAACACCUAGCGCACAUCAAGGAUGCCGUAGAAGAGUGGCCCCAGACGAUCAAGGCAAUGGUGGUUUGGUCGUAUAUUCAGAUCGCCCAGCCCAUCCUUGAUACGACUGAAGGGCGGCGCGUGUGCUGGGCUAUCGGCGCGGUCAAUGGGAUGCUUUAUCUCGCAUGGCAGUUCCCCCGUACGCGGGCUAUCAUGCAAACUAGUUUUUUGCACAGCCCGCUUUCGGGACGGUCUUAUACGAUGUUGACGAGUCUGUUCAGGUCUCUAGCGCAUGUAGUACUGGGGUCGAUGGCACUGGCUUCCUUCGGCUCCGCCACGUCUCAAUGUCUCUUUGAAAAGCAUAGUAAAGACCCCGAAAAUCUUCGGGAAGCUUCUCCCAAAUGGCACUUUGUUGCAUUCUUCGUUUCCGCCGGGCUCUUCGCUAACCUUGUCUCACACGUCGCUGCUUCACGCAUAACAUUCCCUCGCCUUGUCUCCCGUCUCAGAAAGCUUCCUACCUCGUCCAUAACGCCUCUCACUUCUGCGUCCACUCCACCGGCGAAAGGGUUCAUCGGCUGGAUGUCAUCAUUGCGUGCAAGCCCCAAUACCACCGAGGCUGCUGCGAAGAUUCCGGUUUCGCUGGGUGCUUCUGGUGCCGUAUACGCUACGUUGACGUUCGUAGCCCUCGCAUACCCUGACACAGACUUGGCCACAAAAAUACCGCCAACCUUCCCAAUACCAAUUCAAUGGGGCUUGUGUUCCUUGCUCGUGCUAGAUGUCAUGGGCAUUUGGCGGGGCUGGAGGUUGUUCAAUCAUUGGGCGCACCUCGGGGGUGCCGCAUUUGGAGCGUUCUACUGGGAAUAUGGCACUAUUAUCUGGGAGGUGUUCAGAGAACUCACAUUGGGCUCGCUGCCAUCGUCACUGUGUAAUCUAAAUGUCGAAGGCGAAGAGGAGGAAUAA